AUGUAUGUAGUACACAUAACAAUAUGGAAGAACAAUGCUAACAAGAUAUCGCUGGAGCUUAGGGAUGGUGAGUCUGGUGGUGCUGAUCGGAUUUCUAUGGUAAAUCAAGAAGAGAUGUGUGUUGGCUUGCGGGUAUGGCUGAUUAGAAGGAGUGAUGACGGGAUGGCUGUAAUGGAGUUCAAGGUAACAGGGGAUGGCGAUGGUAGUGACUGUCAAGGGAGUGAGGAAGAUGAUAAAGCUUUGGGUGGAUAA